AUGCCCGCCCAAAGAGAUGGCGCGCCGAUGAGCAAGUUCGAGCUCCGCCGACAGCAGAACAAGGAGGCGAACGAGAAACUGCUCAAUGCCGUAUCCGCCGUCGCGAAGAAGGUUGCGCCGCCAAAGCCGCCGCCAAAGAAAGCGACGCCUUCCAGAACAAGAACACGCAGCACCCCUGUUAAGACAGAGCCUACCCGAGCCACUCGAAAGUCCACGCGCCUCGCCGGUCUUGGGGCAGACAACGACACUCUCAAGAGAAAAUUCGAGUUCGAGGCCGAAGUUGCGGCCGCGCAAGCAAAGGCUAAGAAGCUGAGGGUUAAUGGUGAUCUUAGCCUUGGCGAUAUUGCAGUCGAGGGAAAGAAGUGGGAAGCUGGCGCGGGUGGUCUCAAGGGGAUCGUUCGCGGCGCGCAACCCGGAGUGCGGACUUUCACAGAGGAUGAUGUCAAAGAGACCACGGAUAAGGGCCUCAAGGAGUUGCGACUUCGAAUGAGCGAUCUCAAGUUGUACGAACAUUGGGCGCCUAACGAUAUCAAGAUCACCCCCCAACGCGCAUACGCCCUUGGAUUCCAUCCCACAGAAUCGAAGCCUAUCAUAUUUGCCGGCGACAAAGAAGGUGCCAUGGGAGUGUUUGAUGCCUCCCAAACUUCACCCGAAGUCGACGACGAUGACGAAGACGUCGACAUUCCCGACCCCGUGAUUUCUGCGUUUAAGACACACAGUCGCACGAUAACCUCCUUUGUGUUUUCGCAGCACGAGCCAAACUCUGUAUACUCGUCGUCCUACGAUUCAUCAAUCAGAAAACUCGACCUGGAGAAGGAGCAAUCAGUUCAAGUCUGGGCUCCCGAGGAUGCCAACGAAGAACUCCCCAUAUCCGCACUGGACAUGGCAGACUCCGAACCCAAUCUACUCUUCUUUUCCACACUUGAUGGAGGUGUUGGCCGCUACGAUAUCAGGACCUCUGACAGCGCAGAAAUCUGGAACUUGUCAGAGCAAAAGAUUGGCGGCUUCUCCCUUCACCCGUUACAGCCACACCUCCUGGCAACAGCUUCUCUCGAUCGCACACUAAAGAUCUGGGACUUGCGACAGAUUACUGGAAAGGGUGAUCUCAGGCACCCUGCACUUCUGGGCGAGCAUGAGUCGCGCCUCUCGGUGUCGCAUGCAUCGUGGAGUGCUGGGGGACAAAUCGCGACGUCGUCCUACGACGACACCAUCAAGAUCUACAACUUCGCAGACGCCGGGUCCUGGAAACGUGGACACGACAUCAAAUCAGAGGCCAUGGAACCCGCGCACAAGGUGCCACACAACAAUCAGACUGGUCGCUGGGUGACCAUCUUGAAGCCACAGUGGCAGAAGAGACCCCACGAUGGUAUUCAGAAGUUUGUCAUUGGCAACAUGAACCGCUUUGUCGACGUCUUUGCCUCGGACGGCAGCCAGCUCGCCCAGCUAGGCGGCGACGGCAUUUCCGCUGUGCCAGCAGUCGCACACUUCCAUCCAACACUAGACUGGGUCGCCGGUGCAACAGCAAGUGGCAAGCUCUGUUUCUGGCGGUAA